UCGAGUUGCUGACGCCACCGCGUAGGACUGGCCCUAAAACCGUGAUCUAGGAGCACCUCUCUCACUGGGUACUUCCGCUUCCUACAAGCAAGGAGUCAGUGCCUCCCCCGUUUUUCUCACCCAGGCAGCGGCGGCGAAGGAGACUGCAGGGGCUUGCAAUGUUUGGCCUCAAAAGAAACGCAGUAAUCGGACUCAACCUCUACUGUGGGGGCGCCGGGCUGGCGGCCGGCAGCGGCGGCGGCGCCUCCUCUUCGGGAGGGCGGCUUUUGGCUGCGGGGAAGGAGGCCACGGCCCGGCGAGAGGGAGGGGGAGGGGAAGCCGGCGCGAGCCCCCCGGCCACUCUCGCGCCGGACGCCCUGAAGGUCGCGCGGCCCUCGCCCAUUGGCGCCGAGGGCCCCGACGUCAUCGCGCCCCCCGCGAGGCUGCUGUUCUUCGCGCCCACCCGCUGCGCGUCGCCGCCUGAAGGAAUGGAAGCCCCCGCCGCCGACGCCAUCAUGUCGCCCGAGGAGGAGCUGGAUGGGUACGAGCCGGAGCCUCUGGGGAAGCGGCCGGCUGUCCUGCCCUUGCGGCAGUUGGUCCGGGAAGCCAGCAAUGGCCUCUGCACGAACGGCUCACUCCCCUCGACGCCGCCCUCAGCAGAGGAGGAGGAGGAGGACGAGUUGUACCGGCAAUCGCUGGAGAUCAUCUCUCGGUACCUUCGGGAACAGGCAACCGGCGCCAAGGACACGAAGCCAAUGGGCGGGUCUGGGGCCGCCAGCCGGAAGGCGUUAGAGACCCUGCGACGGGUCGGGGACGGAGUGCAGCGCAACCACGAGACGGCCUUCCAAGGCAUGCUUCGGAAACUGGACAUCAAAAAUGAAGACGAUGUCAAAUCUAUAUCUCGAGUGAUGGUCCACGUUUUCAGUGACGGAGUAACAAACUGGGGCAGGAUUGUGACUCUUAUUUCUUUUGGUGCCUUUGUGGCCAAACACUUGAAGAGUAUAAACCAAGAAAGCUGCAUCGAACCAUUAGCAGAAAGCAUCACAGAUGUCCUAGUAAGGACAAAACGAGACUGGCUAGUCAAACAAAGAGGCUGGGAUGGGUUUGUGGAGUUCUUCCGUGUAGAGGACCUAGAAGGCAGCAUCAGAAAUGUGCUGCUGGCUUGUGCAGGUGUUGCUGGAGUAGGAGCUGGUUUGGCAUAUCUAAUAAGAUAGUCUUUUAAGUGCAAUAAUUGACUCUUAACUGACUCCAGCCACCCAAAACCAAUACAGUCUGCUGUGAAAUCAAAUAUAUUUAUGAAGUUGGACUUGAAGAUGUCCAGGCUGUCAGGAGUUCUACUGGAGCAACAUAGAAAAGCACAUGGCAAAAGGACUAUGGCUAACAGGAAUAAAUACAUGGGAAAAGUAGUUCCCCUUGAAGAGUCACUGUGUGAAAGAAGCAAAGUUCAGUUUCAGGAACAGGCAAACUUUGGGAGGCCAUGGAGGAGGACUUUUAGAUUUAGUCAAGAUGGUAGGGUGGAGAGACUUAAUUUCCUUGUCUAGAACAGGAGAGUGGCCAGUAGCCAGGCUAGUCAUAGAGUUCGUUAACUACACCCACUGAAUUAAUUAACUUCCUAUAGUGUUAAAAGAGAAGCACUAACAAUGUCAGUGGUCUGUGUAAAAUGGAUUUGAGCUAUAGG